UAGGAUAUCAAGUAGUAGAAGUUGAAGCAAUGCUAGGUUUUGCUUUAUCUUCUCAACGGUUCUGUUAGUCACUAUUAUGUUGUCUUUACGAGCGGUCGUGUUAAGUUUUUUAAUCUACUCUACAUGGUGCGAAGAAUUGAGUUUUCCUCCAGACUUCAUGUUCGGAGCUGCUUCAGCUGCCUAUCAGGUGGAAGGAGGAUGGAAAGCUGCCGAUAAAGGAGAAAGCUUAUGGGAUGCACUGACCCAUGAGACCCCGAGUAAGGUCUUUGAUGGUAACACCGGCGAUAUUGCCUGCGACUCGUACAACCAAUGGAGAAGGGACAUAGAAAUGGCUGCCGAACUUGGCUUGAGCCAUUACCGAUUCUCCUUGUCUUGGACGCGAAUUCUGCCUACAGGCUUUGCGAACUACAUAAGUGAAGAUGGAAAGAAUUACUACAACAAUCUCAUCGACGGACUACUUGCAAGAAACAUAGAGCCUCUGGUCACGAUACAUCAUUUUGACUUGCCUUCCAUUUUUCAAGACAUGGGAGGCUUCACAAACCCCCUCAUUGUCGACUGGUUCGCUGAUUUCGCAAGAGUUGUGUACUCUCUCUUCGCUGACCGAGUAAAAUACUGGAUUUCAAUUAACGAGCCACUUGGACUAUGCGAUGCUGGUUACAACGGGGUUAUCGCUCCAGCCCUUCACAGUCCAGAUCUUGCCGUGUAUUUGUGCAGCAAAUAUGUGCUAUUAGCCCACGCUAAGGCCUGGAGAAUUUACGACGAAGAAUACAAGCCAAAAUAUCAUGGUAAAAUGACAAUAUCGCAGCUCGCUCUGUGGUUUGAGCCGCUGAGGGAAGAGGAUGAAGAACGAACCGCACUUAUGAAUGCCUUUUGUGAAGAAAGGUUCGGCCAUCCCAUAUUUAAAGGCAACUGGCCACCAGAUUUAGCUAUGUUAAUAGAAGAGAGAAGCUUUGAGAAGGGCUUCUCCAGGUCCAGACUACCGUCUUUUACACAACAAGAAGCAGAAUAUAUCAAAGGAACUUAUGAUUACUACGCUCUCAACCAUUACACCACAUUCUUGGUGAAGAUCGCCGAAGGAAAUGAAUCAGGCAUAUGGCCAUUCACUGGCGCGCCCGAAAUAGGUGUCGUAUUCCGUCAGGGCGAAGGCUGGGAAACUGCUGCCCCAUCUUGGUUUGGAAUCUACCCGGAAGGCUUGAGAAACCAGUUGAAUUGGAUCAGGGAGAAAUACGGUGAUGUGCAAAUCUUGAUCACUGAGAAUGGAUAUGCUGACGACUCCAAUGGUCUCCGUGACGUGGAGAGAGUGCAGUACAUAAAGAACUAUUUGGGAGAGGUCCUGAAGGCUAUUAAAAUUGACAAGAUAAAUGUAACAGCAUACACGGCUUGGACCCUGAUGGAUAAUUUCGAAUGGCUGAUGGGAUACAAGAUAAAGUAUGGAAUUUAUGAAGUGGAUUUCAACUCGCCAAAUAGGACUCGAACUCCUCGUGAUUCUGCUAACUACUAUGCCAGCGUCAUCAAAAACAGAUCUCUGUAGAAAAUGUCUUAAGAAUUUAUACUACCCAAUAUAUGUGAACCUUUUGUAAUAGUAUAUUACUA